AUGUCCGCCCCCGCAUCUCGCGCCCUGAGGCGCUGCGUCUGCACCGCCCGUCCCGUGAUGGGAGUUCGCCCGGCCGUUGGAGGAGCACAGCAGAGGAUACAGCGGAGAUGGCAGUCUGAUGCCGCGGCGGCGCCUGCGAACCCCAAGAUUGCGACAAUCGUGGACCAGAUCAGCCAAUUGACGCUUCUGGAGACAGCUGACUUGGUCUCGACAUUGAAGACCCGCCUCAACAUCCCCGACAUGCCCAUGGGUGGCUUCGCCGCAGCAGGCGCCGCCGGUCCCGCUGCCGCAGCCCCCGUCGAGGAGGAGGAAGCCGCGCCCGCCGCCGCCGAGAAGACUCUCUUCAACCUGAAGCUGGAGAAGUUUGAUGCUGGGUCGAAGCCCAAGGUGAUCAAGGAGAUCAAGAGCAUGCUGGGGCUGUCGCUUGUGGACAGCAAGAAGUUUGUUGAGAGCGCGCCGAAGAUGAUGAAGGAGGGUGUCCCUAAGGAGGAGGCUGAGAAGAUUGUCGAGACGCUGAAGGCGCUCGGUGCGACAGCUAUCAUGGAGUAA